GCUCAGGGAAGCUUAGACGUGUGAGACAGUGUGUGUGUGUGUGAGAUCAAGAGAGAGAGUAGUUUGUGUCUCUUUAUGUACUUCAAACUUGGAACUCAACUCAACUCAACUCAUUCACACUCACCACUCUUCCUCUCUCUUCCUUCUUUCCUUCCACAUCACUCCCUCUCCUUUUCCUCAUCUACCAAUCAACACAUUCACUUCCUCUUCCUUCCUUGUACAACCAUCACAUUCUCAUCUCACCCACCUUCUUCUCCUCCUAAUUCCAACCCUUUUCCACUCCUGCAAUUCUGUCCUUUCAGGGUGUUUUCCAUUUCCACUGCCUGCCCAUCAUUCCCCUUCAAAUCCUUUCUGUCCUUUCCCAAAAUUCACUUUCUGGGCUUCCUCCAAAUCCACUCAUAGCUUCAACAACCACAAAAAGCAAGGAUUUUUGUCUUUUUUUAUUUUUUUCCACACUGAGAUGUUUGUGGUGAUGGAUUCCAUGGAGAGAACAACAGAAAGGUGUUUAGAUUCUCAGCUAUGGCAUGCCUGUGCUGGUGCCACGGUUCAAAUGCCACCUCUCAACACCAAAGUCUUCUACUUCCCUCAGGGACACGCAGAGCAUGCUCAUGGUGGAGGCAAAAUCAAUUUUGGCCAACACAGAGUUCCACCUCUCAUCCCUUGCAGGGUCUCUGCCAUGAAAUACAUGGCAGACCCUGACACAGAUGAGGUGUUUGUCAAAAUGAGACUAACCCCUUUGAGAGAACAUGAAUUGGAUUUGGAAGAAAAUGAUUGUAGCAAUUUCUUGGGAGGGAACAACAACAGUGAAGAAAAAGUGCCUAGUUCUUUUGCCAAGACUUUGACUCAAUCUGAUGCUAACAAUGGUGGAGGCUUUUCUGUUCCUCGUUAUUGUGCUGAGACCAUUUUUCCAAGGUUGGAUUAUUCAGCUGAGCCUCCUGUUCAGACCAUUAUUGCCAAGGACAUGCAUGGACAGUGCUGGAAGUUCAGGCAUAUCUAUAGAGGCACACCUAGGAGGCAUCUUUUGACCACUGGUUGGAGCAAUUUUGUCAACCACAAGAGGCUUGUUGCAGGGGAUUCCAUUGUGUUUCUGAGAGCUGAAAAUGGAGAUCUUUGUGUUGGGAUUAGGAGGGCUAAGAAGGGGAUUGGUGGUGGCACUGAGUUGUUUUCCUCUGGUUGGAACAACAACCAGGUAGCUCCUACUAUGUUUGGUUCUGGUUUCUUGUGCAAGAGUGAGAACAAUAGGAAAAAUGGGGAUGAGUUUUUUAUGGGAAGAGUUACAGGUGAAUCUGUUGUUGAGGCUGUGAGUUCUGCUGUUAAUGGAAGACCCUUUGAGGUUGUGUACUAUCCAAGAGCUAGCACACCUGAGUUUUGUGUCAAGGCUUCUUCUGUGAAGGCUUCAAUGCAAAUUCAAUGGUGUUCUGGGAUGAGAUUCAAAAUGCCCUUUGAAACUGAGGAUUCUUCCAGGAUCAGCUGGUUCAUGGGAACUAUUUCUUCUGUUUCAGUUGCAGAUCCCAUUCGUUGGCCUGAUUCUCCUUGGCGUCUUCUUCAGGUAGUGUGGGAUGAACCAGAUUUGCUUCAAAAUGUCAAGUCUGUGAACCCUUGGCUGGUUGAACUAGUCUCAAACAUGCCCACCUUCAACCUCUCUCCAUUCUCACCUCCAAGAAAGAAACAAAGGCUCAUACAGGACCCAUAUUUUCACCUCAUCAACCAACUUCCAGUGCCAUCAUCACUCUCCAACAAUCUUCUCAGUUACACUAACUCUCUGUGUAACAUGAAAGAUAAUAAUUACAGCUCUGCAGGCAUACAGGGAGCCAGGCAUGUUCAAUGUGGACCAACUCCAUCAUCUGAUUUUCCCUUCAAAAUCCUGCAACCAGAUUUCUCAAGGUUUGACCAUGAAACUCAACCUAUUAGGCCACAUUGUGGAAAUGGAAACUCAUACAAGAGCAGCACUAAGACCAAUGUUGACAUUUCUUGCUUGUUGACUGUGGGAAAUCAUGGCCAGAGUUUUAAGGAAUCCAAUGAAGUUAAAGCACCACACAUCUUGUUAUUUGGAAAAAUCAUUCACACAGAGCAGAAGAGUUCAAACAGCUUGAACUCUUCUGCUAGCACCAAUGGGAACAGUUUAUCUGAAGGGUCUAAUUCCAUGAAGACAUCAUCUAAUGCUUCUCAUGACUUGGGUUUUGCUUUGCAUCAAAACAGCCCAAUUGAAAACUCUUCUGAUGGAGGGUCUCACUGGUACAAAGAUCAACACAACUCUGAUCUUGGUACCGAAAACGUUACCUCACUAUGCGUGGCUUUGUAGCAAAUCUAUUCCUUUCAGUGACUUCUUGAAGACAUCAUUGAGGCUAACUGUUGUUAACAAGUUUCAGUAGCAGUAGUACUAUUUCCUUUGUUGUGUAAUUUCUGUUUUUCCUUUGGCAUAAUUCUAUUGAGGUGCAAGUUAGCAAAAAUAUUACUCAUUUGGUUCUACAACAUGUUUUAGAACUGAGUAAUGGCUUUGAUGAACUGAAGGGGUAAUAUUUUCCUUAACUUGCACUUAGCUGAAGUUUUAUCUAUUGGUAGAUUUCUGGUGUAAUGAGGGAGAAUCCCUCUUCCAUGGGAUGAUGUAACUCAUGAAUUUUUAUUAAGGAAUGUUGUCGCAGAGAUAUUCUGUUUCUUGCUUCA